GCUGUCACGGUUCCUAUCGCCGCCUCCCCGACUUUGGUCUCCACAGACAAGCCCUGUCCCGGCCCCGGGCGGGUGGCAGGCAACAUGGAGAGUGCUAAAGAUGGUGACCACAGCAUGACCAAAGAGUCUUCUCCAGAGGUGGGAGCCAAGAGCAUCUCCAAGCAGGCAGCUCAGGAAGAGCAGGGGCAGCUUCUGUAUCAUGAGGAAACCAUUGAUCUUGGUGGAGAUGAGUUUGGGUCUGAAGAGAAUGUAACUGUGUCAGAAGAUUCUAACAACUUUGCAGAUAAGCUUAAUGAGCACAUGAUGGAGAGUGUCCUUAUUUCUGACUCUCCCAAUAACAGCGAAGAUGAUGUGGGUGACCUUGGCUGUUUGCAGGAUAUUGUGGAGCCCAUAGAAGACAACACUGAUCACAGACUGGACAAUAUCACAGAAAAAGAAGAAAUGGACAUUCUAAGUAAUGACAGUGAAAUUGAUGGAGAUGACACACCUAGAGAUGUUUCAGAUAUGACCCCUGAUAGCAGAGCAUCUUUGAAAGAAGACUCUACACAGGAAGAGGUGAAAGGCGUGCCCACUCUUGGGAACACUGGUGCAGAGGACUUGGUGCCCAGGGAUGAAAAUACUCACACAGAAGAGCAGGUGUCAGACAUGUCUUCUAGUCAGUCCUCUUCUAAGGAAGAGCCUGUGCCCAUGUGCACCAUUUUUAGCCAAUCAAAUUCAGCUCCUUCCCAGCCACACUUGUUUCUGCAUGAUGGCUUCGAGUCUCAGAUGGUGAAGUCUCCAAGUUUCAGCAGUGCGAGUGAGACCUCAGCCAAGACCCCUCCUCAGGUGGUCCAGCCCAGUCCAAGCCUGAGUAAAUUUUUUGGAGAUACAAUCAACACUAAUUCUUUGGCCUCUGACUUCUUUGAUUCCUUCACCACUUCUACUUUCAUUUCUGUCAGUAAUCCCAACGCAGGCUCCUCACUUGCUACCCCUGUGGGAGAAGAGUCCCCGGAUUCUGCUGACCCAUCUUACUCUGCAGGGGUGGAAAGAUCCGAAUCAGGUGUUUCUACAGCUUCUCUGGAAAUUCCUGAGUCUCCAAACCCUUUUUCACAGAUGCAGGCGGUAUUCGCAGGGAGUGAUGACCCUUUUGCCACAGCCCUGAGCAUGAGCGAGAUGGACCGAAGGAAUGAUGCAUGGAUUCCCAGCCAAGGGACCAAAGAUGUCCUGAUCUCGGUAGCAACCCAGCAGUACAGCACUGUGUUUAUAGACAAGGAGAACCUCACCAUGCCAGGCCUGAAGUUUGACAACAUUCAGGGAGAUGCAGUUAAAGACCUGAUGCUUCGCUUCCUGGGUGAGAAAGCUGCGGCCAAGAGGCAGGUCUUGAAUGCCAGCUCGGUGGAGCAGUCCUUCCUGGGCUUGAAGCAGCUCAUUAGCUGCAGAAACUGGAGGGCAGCAGUCGACCUGUGUGGACGCCUUCUCACAGCCCAUGGCCAAGGCUACGGCAAGAGUGGGCUGCCCACCAGCCACACAGCGGACUCGCUGCAGCUCUGGUUUGUGAGAUUGGCCCUGCUCGUGAAGUUAGGCCUUUUCCAGAAUGCCGAAAUGGAGUUCGAGCCCUUUGGAAGUCUGGACCAGCCCGACCUGUACUACGAGUACUACCCACACGUGUACCCUGGGCGCAGGGGCUCCAUGGUCCCCUUUUCUAUGCGUAUCCUGCAUGCAGAGCUGCAGCAGUACCUGGGCAAUCCACAGGAGUCCCUGGACAGACUGCACAGGAUCAAGACCGUCUGCAGCAAGAUCUUAGCCAACCUGGAGCAAGGUCUAGCUGAAGACGGGGGCAUGAGCAGCGUCACACCAGAGAGCCGGCAAGCCUCCGUUCAGCUGUGGAGGUCACGUCUGGGCCGGGUGCUGUACUCCAUGGCAAACUGCCUGCUCCUGAUGAAGGACUACGUGCUGGCUGUGGAUGCAUACCGCAUGGUCAUCAAGUAUUACCCAGAGCAGGAGCCACAGCUGCUGAGUGGCAUCGGCCGCAUCCUCCUGCAGAUUGGAGACAUAAAAACAGCUGAAAAGUAUUUUCAGGAUGUUGAGAAAGUAACACAGAAACUGGAUGGACUACAGGGUAAAAUAAUGGUUUUAAUGAACAGAGCCUUCCUUCACCUCGGCCAGAACAACUUUGCGGAAGCCCAUAGAUUCUUCACAGAGAUUUUGAGGAUGGAACCCACAAAUGCAGUGGCCAACAACAAUGCGGCUGUGUGUCUGCUUUACCUGGGCAAACUCAAGGGUUCCCUGCGGCAGCUGGAGGCCAUGGUCCAGCAGGACCCCAAGCACUACCUGCAUGAGAGCGUGCUCUUCAACCUGACCACCAUGUACGAGCUGGAGUCCUCGCGGAGCGUGCAGAAGAAGCAGGGCCUGCUCGAGGCCGUCGCCAGCAAGGAAGGGGACAGCUUCAACACACAGUGCCUCAAGCUGGCCUAGGCCCACCAGGGCAGGGCGUCCUGGCCCACACCAGUGACCUCUGUGCACGGUGAACACCGGGCACACGAGCUGCUGCCACUCUGCCAGGCUCAGUGCCGCCUUGCGCUGCAGCCAGGGCCACCGUCAGACCAGACGCUGCGCCAUUGGCCGACCUCCAGCCCCACAGUGCUGUGUGCCCACAAGGAGCCCUGGCUUCUUCCUGGAGGCUGCCCUCUUCAGUCACUCCUUGUAAGCCUCCCAGAGAGGAGCUAGAAGGUGUGAUGGCAGCUGUUCUCAUGGGAGGGUUGAAUAAAUCACGGUCCAGAUGCAGCAGCUCCACUCCCCUGUCUGCCUUGGCCCUCCCGCAGGCUUCACCCCCACCCGCCCCGCAGGCCGGCAGGCCUUGGCUACCUUGUGUUUGGUAACGCAGUGGUGGGAGAGGGCAAGGCACUGGCUACCUUCGGGAGGGGUGGGUAAGGAGCCCAGGUGCAGACCCCAGCAGACGGGCAGAGCUCUCGGGACCAGGCCCCGGGCACCCUGCACUUGGGCCUGAGAGCCAGGGCCUGUUCCUUAGUCUCCACUCUGAAGAACUUAAAAUUCUACACUUCACCAACCGACUUCCUUUAAGUGUCUAGUUUUUCUAAUACACUUAAAAAUAGAAUAACUUAAA